AUGGGUAUUCUCAAACUGAUUUUGGUCCCCGUUGCAGUCGGGGUGUUCAUCGCUACAGUAUGGAAUUUGAUCCCUGAAAAAGAGGUCACUUUAGAAGAAAACAACUUUUAUGGUAGCGGCAAAGUGAGACCAGACAACACUGAAAUCAAGCCAUUUAAAGUGUCUGUAGAUGAAAAAGUUAUUGACGACCUAAAACAUCGUCUCCAAAACUCCCGCAUCUCUCACAGCGUUCUCGAAGACUCGGAUGAUUUCUAUUAUGGAUUCAACUCUAAGCAGCUUCUGAAACUCCGUGACUACUGGCUCAAUAAGUACGACUGGAGAAAACAAGAAGCGAUUCUCAAUCAAUUUCCACAAUUCACCACUGAAAUCGAAGGACUACAAGUCCAUUUCCUUCGGGUUCAACCACCAAAGACCUAUAAGAUUGUCAAACCGAUUCUCGUUGCUCACGGAUGGCCUGGAAACGUUUUCGAAUUCUACAAGUUCAUUCCACUUCUCACAGAUCCAAAGAAGCACGGAAUCAACUCUGAUUUCGCUUUUGAAGUCAUUGCACCUUCGAUUCCAGGAUACGGAUGGUCAGAGCAACCGAAGAAAACUGGAUUCUCGCAGUUGGCAUGUGCACGUGUCUUCCGUAAAUUGAUGCUUCGUCUUGGAUACAGCAAGUUCUAUCUGCAAGGAGGAGACUGGGGGGCUAUUAUUACUUCUCUCCUGACGAAGGUUUAUCCAGAUAAUGUCAUCGCUCUCCACAUGAACAUGAUUCCAGCAAUGCCAGGAGCCUCUUUCAUGGGAACUUUCUACGACUUUCUUGGUUGGCUUGUUCCAUCGACACUCUCUUCGAAAGAACUCCAGAAGAAUCACAAUCCAUUUGCAAAGUUCGGAAAUUUGAUUGUUGAAACUGGAUACAUGCAUAUUCAAGCUACCAAGCCAGAUACUGCUGGAACGUCUCUGAACGACUCUCCAAUCGGUCUUGCUGCAUACAUCAUUGAGAAAUUCUCCACGUGGACAAAUCUUGAAUAUCGUGCUCUUCCAGAUGGAGGACUCAACAAGAAGUUCACAAACGAUGAGUUGCUGACAAUUGUGAUGAUCUACUGGACGAAUGGAAACAUUGUCUCUUGCAAAGAUUCUACAGAGAAUUCUUCCUCGAUAGACGAUGUGAAGCACUUGCUAAGUAAAAGAUACGUCGCAGUUCCAACCGCACAUGCCAGCGGACUCAAUGAGCUCUAUGAUCGUUGUCCAAUCGAAGUUUCUCGAUACUUGUACAACAUCACUCACUACACUGAAAUCGAUAUGGGGCACUUUGCCGCCUUCGAAGCUCCAAAACCACUUGCUACUUCCGUUUUUAAAUUUGUUAAAGAUCUUGAAUAG